CAUUUGCAUUUUCUCACCAUCCCUAUUGCAGGAUGGGAAAGGGGGGUUUGCAGUAGGUGGGCGGCGGAAUGAGAUAGCUGGUCACCCCCGGCCCGCCGUCUCCCCUUCCCAGAGCCAAAAGUGAGGCUGGCAAAGGGAGCCUCCCUGCACCUGCCUUCCUCCGCGCCCGAGAGGAUCGGGAGUGGGUGGGGAUUCCGUUCCAAGAGAAGGGAAGGAUCGCCGCAGCCUUGAGUGGCGAGAGCGUCCCGCGUUGACACGGAAAAGUCCGGGUCGGCCGGCCAGCCCAGGAAGGGAGGCAGCAGCUGCCUUCCUCCACGCGUCUCGCCGCUAAGCUCACCCCUUUGCCUGACCUCGGCCCUGACCGCCUCCGGCUGAGUGGAAAGGGAGAAAGACGGCUCCCUCCGCGACACUCCGGGUGCGCGUCGCUCCUUGCCUCUCCUGGGGAGCGCCGGUGCCCGGGAAGUUCACCGCGGUUUGUGCGGCUCAGUCCAGCUCUACCGGCCGAUUUUGAACGCCUCAGGCGGCAACAACAAGGCGACGUUGUUUCGCCGCUCAGCCCCUCUUCUUCUUCGCCCCUGGAUUUCCUCCCUGCUAUUUCGCUCCUUUUCCUCGGAGCCCUUUCCAACUUUCCUCGGCGCAGAGACUAGCAACGACCCGAGAAUGCCCGCCGUCCUGGCGUUCCUCGCGAUGGGCGGCUGCUUCCUGGCUCUAGCAGAGGAGGAAUUGGAUAAUACCAUUACAAUGGAGGAUCAGAUUUAUCUCCUUCUGGAAGCCAAAGUUCAAUGUGAACAAAACCUCACAGCUCAGGUACAAGAAGAAAGAGCAGGAGAGGAGUGCUUUCCCGAAUGGGAUGGUCUAAUCUGCUGGCCCAGGGGGUCAGCAGGAAAAACCUUAGCUGUGCCUUGCCCUUCUUACAUCUAUGAUUUUAAUCACCAAGGAAUGGCCUUCCGACAUUGUAAUUCAAAUGGAACAUGGGCUUAUGUGCUCAGUUUAAACCGAACAUGGUCUAAUUAUUCUGAGUGCCUCCAUUUCCUGCAAACAGAAAUCAGUCUGCAAAAGAGGAAAUUCUUUGAACGUCUCUCUGUCAUGUACACAGUGGGAUACUCCAUUUCCUUCUCCUCUCUGGCUGUGGCUAUUUUCAUCAUUAGCUACUUCAGGAGGCUCCACUGCACCCGGAAUUGUAUACAUCUGCAUUUGUUUGUCUCUUUCAUGCUCAGAGCUAUCAGCAUUUUUAUUAAAGAUAAAGUUGUUCAUCCUCAUUUUGGAGACAAAGAUUUUGACUCACUACUCACAAGUGACCUACAAAAUAUUAUACAGACUCCAGUAAUGGACAGAUCUCAGUAUGUGUGGUGCAAGAUUACUGUGGUGAUGUUUAUUUACUUCUUGGCAACAAAUUACUAUUGGAUUUUGGUCGAAGGUCUCUAUCUACACAGCUUAAUAUUUGUGGCUUUCUUUUCGGAAACCAAGUACCUAUGGGGUUUUAUCUUAAUAGGCUGGGGUUUCCCAGCUGUCUUUGUAGCGGCCUGGGCAGCAGUCAGAGCAGCAAUGGCAGAUGCAAGAUGCUGGGAGCUUAAUGCUGGAAAUAUAAAAUGGAUAUACCAAACUCCAAUUUUAGUGGCUAUUGGGCUGAACUUUGUCCUGUUCCUGAAUACUGUGCGGGUGCUGGCCACAAAAAUUUGGGAAACUAAUGCUGUUGGCUACGAUGUCAGAAAGCAAUAUAGAAAACUAGCAAAAUCCACUUUAAUUUUGAUCUUCGUCUUUGGUGUGCAUUACAUUGUCUUUGUGUGCCUACCUCACACGUUCACUGGGUUAGGCUGGGAGAUCCGGAUGCACUGUGAACUCUUCUUCAACUCAUUCCAGGGUUUUUUUGUCUCUAUCAUCUAUUGCUACUGUAACGGAGAGGUGCAGGCUGAGCUCAAGAAGACAUGGGCUAAAUGGCACUUGGCCAUGGACUGGAAGAGGACUGUUCCUUGUGGGAAUUCUCACUGUGGUUCUGUCCUCACUAACGUGACUCAGAGCAUCAGCAGCCAGGCUCAGAUGGGUGCCAGCUCCCGCAUGAGGCUGGUUUCCAAUAAGGCAUGCAGGAAUGGCCCAGGACAGAACAAUGCCCAUAUAAAUUUGCCUGGGUAUGUUAGGAGCAACUCUGAACAUGACUGCAUGCCCCAGUGGGCUCCGGAAGAGGCUGAUGAAGAGGAAGAGGAAGAGAAGAGGCUGGAUGGUAUUUCUCUCAACAAACCUUCUAGACUACAGAACAAUCAUGCAUGUUUUCUCAAGGAAGAAGCAAACCAAAUGGAAAUAGAGGCAUCACUUUAAAAAGUUGAUGUGCAGGCAAAGGAUUACAAUUGUGAAAAUGUCAUCACAACUUCAUAUGAGUUUAUUUCAACUAACCUAAUCCAGACAGAUGUACAGAUUUCUUAGCCGGAGGCUUUCUCCGACCAGCAAUGUAUCCAAAAUAAUUUUGAGUGGAGAUUAUGGUUCUUCAACAUCUGAACUCUGAUCUCUUCAUAACAACUUUUUGUUGCAUGAUAUUCCUGUGUUAGCAAGAAGCAAAGGUACUUAUAAUGAUAACAUUUAGAUGAAGUUAUUUUGAGUCAACUGACAUAUAAAAAGAACUUGCAGAAGCAAAAAGAACCUAUAUUCAUCAGCGAUAUUCAGUAAUAAGUUCUAAAUCUUAAUAUAAUUUUGACUUGAAGUCUGUUUACUCCUUAGCAAACUCGCCUUACUAUUCAAGGAGCAAAUUAUUUACUUGCAAUCCAGCAUUCCACUGAAGUAUAUCAGUUAAUACACAAUAUACUAAAAACAAUGCAACAUACAAUCAAAUAACAUCCAGAUCGGGGUGAAAUCUAAAAUUUGUUAGUACUGGUUCUGUG